AGCGGGCCUGUCACCACCACCACCACCACCACGCUCCUUCCUCGCCCCAUUGCCGUUUCCUGAGCGCGACUCGAUGUCAGCACAAUAGCUCCAGUCACUCGUUACACCACAGCUGGGCUGGAAUCCACGAUACCGUUGAGCGGAUUUGUACAUAGUAAUACCGGCCUGCAGCAAUGGGGUGCUGCGGCGACCGCGAGAAGGGGCUCACCGUCACCGAGCAGCAGAAGUGGGACUACAUCACACUCUCUGACUUCAAGGCGACGUCGUGCCUGACGCCCUUCUCGUACGUUUGGUUGUGGAUGCUCGUCCUCAUCUCCGGCGCCGUCUACGCUGCCGAUGCCUUCACCGCCGUCAAUCUGCUCGCCUUCAACAAAUGGUCGAGCCAAGUGCGUCCCAAGGUCAGCUUCGAUGUCGCCAAGUGGAUCUUCGCCGUCUGCAUCAUCAUUUCCUACCUUUUCCUGAUCUACCGAUGGAUUAGAGCGGUCCGCGUCAUAAAGUCAGGCGGUGUAGCUGAGUGCUACCUCGAACCCCUUGCGGCCAUUUGGCAGAGUAUGCGGUUGACGAAGGAGGGUCAAGGAUGGCGGCGAUUCUUGGUCUUCGCCGAACUGACCAAAAGUAAGAAGGGCAAGGAUUACAUCGCGCUCUUUGUCUACUUCCAGUUCAAAGGUGCUCUGAUCAUCGUCCUUGCCCAAGGUCCCAGAAUCGUCAUCAAUGCAUUGACGCUCUGGGCCGUCGUCGAAGCCCAGAUCAUCCCCGUCGGAGAGCAUGCAGCCCCAAAAGAUGUCUCGCCCGCUGCGCAAUUUUUCAUGAACAUCGAGACCAUGGCCAAAACCGGCAACAAACAGGAAACCGUCAUUUACUUCACUAUGUUGUUUUCCCUGGUCAUCUGGGUUAUUGCCGCUCUCUCGCUCCUCCUCUCGGUCAUUUUCUACCUUUUUCUAUGGCACGGUGUCUCCAAGUCGGACGGCAGCCUCACCCAAUACUGCCGCCGAAAGAUUGAGACUCGUCUUGAGCGCAUUGUGGGCAAGAAGAUCAAGAAGGCUCUGGAGAAGCAGGACAUGAAGCGCCGGAAAGAAGAGCGCAUGGGAAUGAAGAAGGGUGACAGCGAGGGCACCCACCGAAUGCCUACGCUGCCCAAGCUCGGCGGAAAAGACGAUGAUGCCUCCUCUGUCUUCUCUAUAGCUCGAUCCGACACAUUGAGUACCACGACCACGCUACCUCCAUACUCCGCCAAUGCACCCUCCCGGACCAACACUAUGAACACAACAAGAACGUUGGGAAUGAAGCCAUCUCUACCGUCGUUGAGCGAGAGGCCAAUCCCGAGCCGAUCAGACACCCAGGGAACCAACUACUCCACUGCGAGUUUUGGCUCGAACGCACCACUUCUAAGCCAGGCAGGUGAUAUGGGCAUGUCCUCUCCCGCUCCUCCAAUGCCGCCCUUAGAUCGCAACACCGACUACUUCAACGGACCAUCCGGCUCUCGGCCACAAGCAAAUGGGCUGUCUGGACGACCAUACUCGCCAAUGACACAGGGAAUGCCUACAUCUCCCCGACCUUCCCGGAGCGUGCUGCCUCCGGUCGACACCACCUAUAACGGCAGAGCCUCCCCAGCGCCGCAGUUGAUCUCGCCCUUGCCCAACGAUGUCCGCGGCCCAUCGCCUGCGCAAGGCAUAGCACCCUAUCCAAACCGCCGCCCUGGCGCGUCACCUCUUGGGCCCACAUUCUCACCUUUUGAUAAUCGUGUGCCGGCAAGGGGGCCAUCCUACGAAAUGUCUCCCGUUGACAUUACACCUUCCGACAACGGUUCGCAACAGUACUACCCUACCUCCAACGGCCCGAACGGUUACCGUCAGCCCCAGCUACCCAAUACUCUCCGACCCGGAUCUCCCGCCUUUUCGCAGAGCUCGGGGCCGCCUUCGCGAGCCGGGACUGCACCUCCAUCGAACCCUCGCGCCGGGCUACCUGCAACAUUGCAGUCAGCCAUUCAGCGGCGUGAGGCUUCACAACCUCUUCCCAACCGAGGCAUGAAUGGCCCUAUGCCUCAACAACGUAGCGCUACCGCCCCCCUUAGGCAGCCCGGAUGGGGACCUGAACCUUCGUUCAGGAGUAACACCACGUCGCCUCCAAGGUACGACGGUUAUUAAGCCUUUAUUGGCGAUUUCGACUCCACAUACCGAGCAGAAGGUAUAGCUGGCAGACCACUUUUUCCUCAUCAUGAUCAAUACCACGACUGCAAUUUUUCGAUUAUUUCCUUGCAUUAUGCAUUCAACGGCGUUCGCUUCUCUCUUUGUUGGAUACAGAGGACCCACCCUUUUUACCUAACAUUUUAUCUACUGCACGAGGCUCUCAUGAAGUUGCUCUGGGAGGGUUUGAUGAUGAUUUUACUAUUUGUUCGAGAUACCCACGCCGCUGGUCUCGGACGUCCAUUCGCUACCGCUGCUGCUUGGGGGGCCUAUUUCUGGAUGGUUUGGGAAUGAAAGUAUUUUAGAAGAUUGGUGAUC